CCCCGCCCCUGCACUGCGCGGAGCGCUGGAGCCGGAGCCCCCGGGGAGAGCCGCGCGGCUGCGGGCACUCGCGGCGGGAGGGGCGGCGGCGGCGGCCGGAGGGACGUCUGGAGGCUAGCGGAGCCGCCAUGGCCGAGUUCCCGUCGAAAGUGAGCACGCGGACCAGCAGCCCCGCGCAGGGCGCCGGCACCUCGGUCUCCGCGCUGCGCCCGGACCUGGGCUUCGUGCGCUCCAGCCUCGGUGCGCUCAUGCUGCUGCAGCUGGUGCUGGGGCUGCUGGUGUGGGCCCUGAUUGCCGAUACCCCGUACCACCUGUACCCAGCCUACGGCUGGGUCAUGUUCGUUGCUGUCUUCCUCUGGCUGGUGACAAUUGUCUUCUUCAUCCUCUACCUGUUUCAGCUGCACAUGAAGUUGUACAUGGUGCCCUGGCCGCUGGUGUUAAUGAUAUUUAACGUGGGCGCCACCGUUCUCUACAUCACGGCCUUCAUCACCUGCUCUGCCGCCGUCGAGCUGACGUCCCUGAAGGGCACCCGGCCGUAUAACCAGCGUGCGGCUGCCUCUUUCUUUGCAUGUUUAGUGAUGAUUGCCUACGGAGUGAGCGCUUUCUUCAGCUUCCAGGCCUGGCGGGGCGUGGGCAGCAACGCAGCCACCAGUCAGAUGGCUGGCGGCUACGCCUAGGCCAGCUGUGCCAUGGCCCACCUUGGGGCCAAAGGCUGCAGCUGGGUCACAGCUGGGUCACAGCGCGGGGUGGCCUGCAAGCCCGAGGCCUGAGCCCUUUGUGGAGUCGGCCUGGAAGGGACUACGCCUGCUCUGCUCUGCUCCUCAGACCCGGGCUCACCCAGCGCUCCUACGGAAUCGGGAUCCUUCCUCUGGUUUCGCCCAAGUCGGCAAGCGCCUGGGCUGGAGAGAGGCCCGUGGCUGACACCACCUGCCUGUCCCCCGUAUUUAGUGGAAGGUGACGGGGGACACGGGGCUCUCCGCUUUGUCUUUAGAGACUCCAGUGUCCAAGGCUGGAGCCCAGUCUUCUCACCAACACUAAAUACACUAACGAGGACUCCAGACCUGCAGCCGCUGGCCCACCGUAGAAUAAGCCUAACAAGCCGCGCGUAUUUACCUUAGUCUUUGCCCUGGGACUGCAGAGUGAGCUCUCUGAAACCGGCCUCAUUCCUUCAGCCGCAAUUCUGACCUGACCCUCCCUCCCUCAAGCCAACAGGUGGCUUCUAGGGAGUCAUCUGUGGAAAGAGGGUUAGGAUUUCUGACAGCAUGGUCGUCCUUUUCCUGCAUUUCAAACAUACCAGUUAUUUAAAGCAAUCGGUCUUAAGCAACUUCUCAGCGAUUAAAAACCUGGCCAGGUUUCCGUCUGGUACCCAAGCCCUUGUUUGUAAUAUCCCCUCUGGGAAAAGCUAACCGUGCCACCUGCUUCCCGGACGCUGUUGAUUAGGCAUAUGGGACAUGGAGGAGGGAGGGACUCAAGACCUUGCCUGGUAAGUUGUCCCGUGCUUGGUGACUUGGUUCUCUUUGGGUUUUUUGUUGUUUUUUACAAAAAUAAAGCUGGAAGAAC